AAUCAAGUAGAGGGAAUACUCGCCCAAAGAAAGAGGACGGACACGGGACCGUCCAGGGCGCAAAAAAGAGAAGAAAAGUUCGAUGAAACCGACUUAAAAACAACAGGAUCAACCCAAGGAAAGGGAACAGACACUGAAAACAAAGAGGAAACGCGCCAAACCAAGAGGCCACACGGCCCGGACAGCGCGUCGAACUCUGAUUCAGAGGAAGACGGGUUGGUACUUGUUGAAAAGGCUAGACCUAUCAAAAAAACUAGAAAACGACAGGCCCAAGAAAAAGCCGUAAAAAUCGUCAAACAAGAGGCAGAAAAACAAGCCACCAAAAAUAUGAAAACUGAAAACACACCUCAGAUGAAUAACAUAGAGAGGCAAAACACAGAAAAAGGGGAAUCAUCCCCAAAAGUGACAAGUGGACCACCGAUGUAA